AUGAUGAAAAUAAAACCUCUAUCCGGGUCCUUAUUACCCAAGAAGUCAUUAUUUACAGCAGUACGAGCGCUAUCCACAAACCCAAACCCAAAUGCAAAGCGCGAUCUCAAAGAUCUCACCCCAUCAGACCUCUGCUACUACUGGGAUACACAACCUCCCAGUGCCGAACAGCUCGCCUUCGCCGAUGACAUUUUUGAGCCAUCCAAACACUCCCCUAUCAAACUCUGGUCCGCAGCCAAAUUCCGCACAACGCCUCUGGACUCACUGGAGCCCGAAGUCGCAUUCCUGGGCCGCUCAAAUGUCGGCAAGAGCUCACUGCUGAAUGCCAUAAUGGGGCAGGAGGUCUGCUGGACGUCUUCCAAGCCAGGAAGGACGAGAGAAAUGAAUGCAUUUGGAAUUGGCGGGACAAAAGGCGGAGAGUCGAAGGUCGUUCUUCUUGACAUGCCGGGAUAUGGAAAGGCGAGUCGUGCCGAGUGGGGAGCGGAAAUUAUGAAAUAUCUUCAGGGCCGGAAGCAACUCCGUCGUGCAUUCCUCCUCAUCGAUAGCAUGCACGGCAUCAAACAAACGGACGCAGAGAUCUUGCGGUUAUUCAGACACCAUGCCAUCCCGCAUCAGAUCAUCUUGUCGAAAGUCGACAAGUUCCUCGUCAAGAAAAUGAAACAAAUGAAGACUGGCGUAACGCCUGCCAAUAUCGAGCGUUUGCGGCUGCUACUCAAGGGCAUUAGGCCUAUUGUGCAGCCAGGUCCCGAAGUCGCAGAGGGACCCGGUUCCUUGGGCGAAAUUCUGACUUGCAGCGCUGAGGCUAGGAUUGGGGAUGGUCGGGCGUUGGGCAUCGAUGCUAUUCGCUGGUCGAUUUUGUCUGCUGCUGGUAUUGAUGGGAAAACAGUUGCUUACGAUGACAUCCAAAAACAUUACCCUAUUGCAUCCAUCACUGAUCCUUUAAUGACGAAUGUUUGA